AGAGCAGGAUUUGGCCCUAGAUGGAUAAGUUAGGCACGUCUCCUAGCCAGAACAGUUAUGUAACAUUACCUAAGCAGUGAGACACAUUGGUGGCAAUGAGGGGACGGAUGCUGGCGCACACUAAUAAUAGAACAGAAAGCACUUCCAGAUUGGGGUGGGAGGUGGGUUGCAGGGAGAGGAACAUUUAAGGUGGAAUCCUAAAUUAGAAGCCAAUACUAUGAAUGGAAUCAUUGCGCUGGCUGAGUUUGAAUACUGGCUGUUCUGUUUUACAUAAAGAAAAACAACCUAGUUUCUUUUAAAAAGAACAGGCGUACUUGUGGCACCUUAGAGACUAAUAAAUUUGUUAAUCUCUAAGGUGCCACAAGUCCUCCUGUUCUGUUCUUUUUGCGGAUACAGACUAACACGGCUGCUACUCUGAAACCUAGUUUAUUUUAUUUGAUCAGUUUCUUCCCCUAUUGCACUUCCAUAGCAAGUUCAGUAUAAACCCUGGGGAAACUCCCACACACCUUAUGCACUUGUACAAUGCAAUGCCACUGAAGGUGAGUAGGAUUUGACCUGCUAUCUGGAUUUCAAUGGUGGGAAUGAGUCCUCUCAGUAUUGAGAGUGAUCCAAAGAUUCUGUUUUUGGUUCUAAUGGCAUGAAAGAAUUUUUCCCUCCUGUGUCUUCAGCAGUUUCUAUUCUAUAUUUAAUGUAUUGCACUAAAUCCUGCUUUCCAUUGAUGCAAAUGAAUGUCAGACAUUUGCAAAGGUGUAAACUGGUGCAGAACUUGGCGCAUUGGUGUUAGCUUUCUUCUUAUAAAACAGGUAAUGACUAUAAACCAUACAGGUGACAGAUCUAGAGCAGGGAGGGAAUACUUCUUUCAUCAGUAGAGCUGUGCUAGGAUAACUAACUAUUAACAACCGUGAUGGAAAAUAAGUUUGCAUAUUACUCUGCCCAAUAAGGAAAUGGUAUCCGGAGGCAUCAGUCACUGAACUUUAUGCCAAUUUCAUUGCGGUGCAUCUAGCUAAGGAGGUACACUUGGUUUUUAUUCGAUCUAUUUUAGUGCUAGUGUUGUCUAAUCUGGGUUUGGAUCUAAGACAUCCCCGCAGUGUAGCCAGUGAUACUACUCUUGCCAAUAACUCUGGGUAUAAUUCCCACGAAUGUCUCCUUCCUUUCACAUAUCAAAAGCCAUAGAAGGGGGAAUUGACUUAUCACAGGUAGUCCACAGCUCCUGCCGUAGAGGUGGAUGAUAGCAGAACAGCUGGAGGCCAAGGCAACCUGCUACUGAUGGAGGUAGAUUUCUGGUCCUGAAUCCUUUCAGAUGUGAAGAUGUAUCCAGUGUUGAACAAGCGUCCAAAUAAAAGUGAUUCCAAACCACUUCCCAUUGUUGUUAUAGGGAAUGGUCCUUCAGGAAUUUGCCUUUCCUACCUGCUGUCUGGUUAUAUCCCUUACAUCAAAAGGGGAUCUGUUCAUCCUCAUCCUAUUCUACAGAGGAAGCUAGAGGAAACACCAGAAGUCCCCAUUAUAGACCAGGAUCUGGAGUACCUGUCUGAAGGUUUGGAGGGACGAUCCCAGAGCCCCGUGGCUCUUCUUUUUGAUACUCUGCUGCGUCCAGAUACAGACUUUGGUGGAACUGCAGAAUCUGUCCUCACUUGGUGGCACGAGACCCACAGGGCUAUUCCCCAUCUGGUCCUUGGCAGAAACCCUCCUGGGGGUGCCUGGCAUUUUAUUGAGGGAUCUAUGAUCACUCUGAGCCAAGGGGAAUGGAUGGGGCUUCCAGACCUUCAGUUCAAAGACUGGAUGAGGAAAAAGAGAAGGGGCCUCAGGAAUAACAGAGCCACAGCAGAAGACAUUGCUCAAUAUUACCAACAUUAUGUGGCAAAGAAAGGGCUGCAGAAGAAUUUUAUCUGUGGGACUGUUGUGACAUCUGUGAGGAAAGUGAGCCCAGAUGUAAACUCCAGCUAUGCACAGCAGGAUCCUGAGGGGAACAGUGACUCCAUCUGGGAUUUCCCUGAGAAAGAUGAUGACCAGAUUGCUAGUGGAAAUCUCUUCCAGGUGGAUGGAUUCAUCAAAAACACUAAUGGUCAUCAGCAACCCUUCUCCAUCUAUGCAGAGAAUGUGGUUUUAGCCACAGGAACAUAUGACAGUCCAACCAAGCUUGGAGUUAAUGGAGAGGACCUUCCUUUUGUCCAUCACAAACUCUCUGCCCUUGAAGAAGCAGUGAAGAACAAGAGGGUUGGCAUGACAUCAGAUCCAGUCUUGAUUGUAGGUGCCGGGCUGACAGCUGCUGAUGCAAUUCUCUUUGCUCACCAUUGCAACAUCCCAGUGAUCCAUGCCUUUCGCAGAAGGGUCAACGAUCCAGGCCUCAUCUUCAAUCAGCUCCCCAAAAUGAUGUAUCCGGAGUACCACAAAGUCCACCAGAUGAUGAAAGAACAGUCAGUUGCUUGUCCUGGGCCAUAUAAAUGUUACAUCAGCCUUCCUGAACAUCAUGUCUUGUCCUUUACAGAGGACAAGAAGUGUGUCUUCCAGGAUAAGAGUGGUCACCAGAAAGUCUUUAACAUUUCUAUGGCUUUUGUUCUCAUUGGAUCAAACCCCAACCUCUCCUUCCUACCAAAUAAUGGCAUUGACUUGGCAAUUGACAAUGAGCAGCCAGUCAACUCCAAGAGGAACCCCAUCAACGUUGACCCAUUUACCUAUGAAUGUGUUCAGGAGAAAGGGCUUUAUGCUGUGGGACCAUUAGCAGGGGACAACUUUGUGCGUUUCGUGCAGGGAGGGGCUCUGGCAAUUGCCAGCUCUUUGUUAAAGAAAGCAAACAAAAAUCCUCCUUAACAAACAAAUUGCCCUAAGCCAAAAUCGUUCAAACAGGUGAUUCCUCUUCUCUUUGAGAAGUAAGGCAUUUGACAUGUACACUUUCCCCUGCGGUGCUCUCCAGGACAGUGCAGAGUCACCAAACUCUCAGUGGGUUCAUUUGGGAAGGAUAAAUCAGCAAGUACAUGGUUUGGGAUUUAAAUCUCAAUGUUGCCAACAUUUCUACCUUGUUAAAAGGUUGAAUUUAAGUGCAACCAAGGGAAGCAGCCCCAUCCCGGCAGAGCUUUGCACUAAGGGAAUGGGGAACUUGCAUCCUAGCUUGGAAUAGUUGGGGGCAAAGCAGCAAUCACUUCACUGUAUAAAUGUCUUGCAGCUAGUUGAAAAGAGUUCUCAACAUUUAACUAUUUUCCUGGUGGCCAUAUUGGCAAGCCCCGUGUCUAGUCUUUUUCGAUUGUUACUGGAUAAAUACUGGUAAUACUACACAACACAGUUGUUGCUGUUUCAUGUGCUUAUGUAGCACAGCUCUGUUGUUCUUGCUAUGCAAAAGUCCAUUGAAAGCUGUGCUGCAAGUGUUCUAUGCACCUAAACCAGAAUUCUGCAAUUAGAAAUUGUCACAAAAGCAUUGCCUAAAGGGCUGCUGUAACCGUUAUCUUCUCUUGCAAGGAGCACCACCACCAUGUUCUGUAUGUCCUAUCUUUGGAUGCAGCACACUUGUGUAUCUGUCUUAGGAGGACUCCUUUUUCAAAUAAUGGUACAAAUUUACUCCUGUUGAGUGCACAAUCUUUAAAGAGCUAGGAGGCAGAAUGAUCGAGAGUGUAACAGUGUUGUAUUCUUAGACCUCUUUAGAGGCACCAAAACCAAUUUAUAAAGAGGAAUUAUCAUUGGUUUGUGAGAACUAGAUUAAUACUCUGCCCAUGUAUGAUCCUUUGAAUUCUUCCUGCUCAAUGGAAUUGAAUGUUUUACCUUGGGAAGCUUUACAUUACAUAUUGUAGUAUGGAUUCCCAAUAUAGGAUAAUCUUUCAGAAAAUGUGUUCUGUAAAUCAGAAAUGGCAUUCCACAAAUUGUUCUUGAAAGUGAAGAAUUGCACAAUUGCUUUUUAGUUAUUAAAUUGCUUUGUUCUGUUUACUUUUUUUAUUUGAAUUUUUCAUAAUGUAGAAGAGAUCCUAGAUUAAUACCGGAAGAAAGUGUUCACUCUAGAUUUCUGGAUAACUGUGUAACAAGAUCUACCUGCAUUUGAACAAUGGCCCUGAUCCUGCAAGGCCCCUGUAUAUGGACUUCAAUGGGAGUUCCACAUUCAGAGAGAUUAUAGGGUCAGGGCCGAUUGUGUUCUCCAUAUAAGGCCUGACUCUGCUCUGCUUAGUGAAGCAAAACUUCCGUUGACACAGCAAGAUGUGCAGAAUGAGACCCAAAGAGGCCACUUUACUGUAUGUGGAAGUUGAUGUGAAAUCCUUUCACAUAGCUGCUUACCUGGCAUAAUCUGCUGCUUCACUAAGUGCACACAAUGCCAGCAAGUCUCUCCGAAAAGUUACACACACAGAGAAAGUGUUAGUUUUGUAACUGCCUGGCCCCAGAAGUUUUUAAGCAAGGCAGGUUUAAGGAACACACACAUUGCUGCUGUCUCUUAGCAAUGUUGUACAGCACUCUGGAAAUUAACUACUUUUGUAUUUUCUAAAUUAGCGGUGUUAAUUUUGUAUGUGUAACAUGUUUAAAUAAAAUAAUUUCAAACUUA